AUGAUUGUUGCAGUGGCCGGAGGUGCCGGCGGAGUGGGCAAGACCAUUGUCGAGAAGCUAGUGCAGGAGGCCAAAUUCAAGGUCAUUGUGUUGUCCCGCAGUGGACCAAGUCAGGAUAUUGUUUUACAGAAAGCGCAACACGUCCAACUCGACUAUGACGACAUCGCCUCCAUGACAGCAGAGCUGGAGCGCCACACCAUUCACACAAUCGUCUCAGCGAUUGGUCUUGUGUCAAAUGAAUCUAGCCAGUCUCAGUUGAACUUGAUAGAGGCUGCAGAGAAAGCCAAAUGCACUAAAAGAUUUAUUCCCAGUGAAUAUUCUUUCAUUCAAACCGCCGACCUCCUUCCCGUGGAUCCGAGUAUUCAAUACUGGCUAGAUGCAGCGAAUCGCCUUAAAUCCGGCUCGCUGAAGUAUACCCGGGUUAUCCCUGGUUUCUUUAUGGAUUAUUGGGGAAUGCCGCAUGUCAAAACCAAUCUCCAACCUUAUACCUUCGGCAUAAAUAUAGCCAAAGGCAAAGCUGCAAUCCCUGGUGACGGUAAUGACUUGAUCUGUAUGACAUACACGGCUGACAUGGCCACGUACAUGACCAAAUUGCUUGAUCUGGAUGAAUGGUCGGAGUUCACUGUUAUUGUUGGCGACGAGGUGACCUACAACCAGCUCAUAAGCAUGUCCGAAGAAAUCUGUGGAAAACGGUUUGAAGUGCACUAUGACAGUCUUGACCGGAUCAACUCGGGGGAUGUUACUGUGCCACCGAUGCCAGAUGGUACGGAAUACGCGGAAAGUGAAGUCAAAGAAGUCACUGCGCUAGUGAGCCGGCUUACUGUCAAUGGGGUCUUUGACCUGCCGAAGGAGGGUCGCUUGAAUGCUCAAUUUCCAGAUGUGCGGCCAAUUACUAUGAAGCAGUUCUUGAUUGAUUCAUGGCAAAAGAACUGA